UACAUUUAUAAAUUCUCUCAGGGGAAAUAUGGUGGAUGCCUUCCGAACACAUAUAAUGCAAACCAAAGAACUUGGCACUUGUCCUGUGCGGCAGAUCGGUGGUUGCUCUUUCUUUUACAUGAGAAUUAGCAACGUAUACAUUGUGAUUGUUGUUAGCAGCAAUGCAAAUGUAGCUUGUGCAUUCAAGUUUGUUGUUGAGGCUGUUGCGCUGUUCAAAUCUUAUUUUGGUGGGGCUUUUGAUGAAGAUGCAAUUCGAAACAAUUUUGUUCUUAUUUACGAGCUUUUGGAUGAAAUAAUGGAUUUUGGUUAUCCACAAAACCUCUCGCCUGAAAUUCUGAAACUAUAUAUCACUCAAGAAGGAGUUCGCUCACCAUUCUCAUCCAAGCCUGCAGAUAAACCUGUCCCGAAUGCAACUUUACAAGUUACAGGUGCUGUUGGUUGGCGAAGGGAAGGCCUUGUAUAUAAAAAGAAUGAGGUCUUUUUGGAUAUUGUUGAAAGUGUAAACCUUCUUAUGUCUUCAAAAGGUAGUGUUUUGCGUUGUGAUGUAACUGGGAAGAUUCUUAUGAAGUGCUUUCUUUCUGGAAUGCCUGAUUUAAAGUUGGGUUUAAAUGAUAAGAUUGGCCUUGAGAAAGAGUCGCAGUUGAAGGCCCGUCCAACUAAAAGUGGUAAAACAAUUGAGCUUGAUGAUGUUACUUUUCAUCAAUGUGUAAAUUUGACGAGGUUUAACUCAGAGAAGACAGUCAGCUUUGUACCACCCGAUGGGGAAUUUGAAUUGAUGAAAUAUCGUAUUACUGAGGGUGUUAAUCUUCCAUUUCGAGUACUCCCAACAAUUAAGGAGCUUGGUAGGACACGUAUGGAAGUUAAUGUUAAGGUGAAGAGUGUCUUUGGUGCAAAAAUGUUUGCUCUUGGCGUGGUCAUUAAAGUUCCUGUUCCAAAACAGACAGCUAAAACUAAUUUUCAAGUGACAUCGGGUCGAGCCAAGUACAAUGCCUCUAUUGAUUGCAUUGUGUGGAAGAUCAGAAAAUUUCCUGGACAAACAGAACCAACCAUGAGUGCAGAAAUUGAGCUGAUUUCUACAGUGACGGAAAGGAAACCUUGGACACGGCCACCAAUUCAGAUGGAGUUUCAGGUUCCCAUGUUCACCGCAUCUGGUUUACGUGUCCGUUUCCUUAAGGUGUGGGAGAAGAGUGGUUACAACACAGUUGAAUGGGUUCGUUACAUAACUAAAGCUGGAUCAUACGAGAUCCGGUGUUAGAAUUACAAAGAUCUAGCCACGAAGUAUAAAGAACGAAAAGAAAUUGAUUGGAUGGACAUAGAAUGACCAAAACAUUCUCGUCGACACCAUCGUUAUUCAAGACAAUUAAGAGAAGGUUCAUGGAGAGAGUGGGGGUGGUUUUUGAUGGAUCAUUGGAGCAUGUUAGUUGCUUUUGUUUUUGUUGUCCUACACCUUUGAGCAUAGCUAUUUGAUGUUUAUACUGUUAGAGCAUAUGUAAGCCAAACUUCUAUAUUCUUUUCUCCCUCCUUUCUGCUUAUUUUUUCGUCAUUAGAGAAACGAGAUCAUUCCUUGUGGCUGCCUUUCUGUUGUAAUCAAGGCCUUGUAGUGAACACUCUUUGUUGGAUGAAUUUCUUUGAUUGCUGGUUUGUGAUCGACCUUGUGAAUUUUAUGAUAAUACUUCUUUCAAGAUAA